AUGGAACACUCAACGCUAACACUGACAGUUCUACUCGUCGUCUUCGCGAUUGUGUAUGCUAUUUACAAGGCUACAAGGCCCACUGUUUUAGACAACAUACCUGGACCUGUGUCGAAAUCAUUUCUCCUUGGCAAUUUGGGCGAAUUGAUGCAAAAUCAAGCGGGAGUGACAGAGUUUUCAUGGCAAGAAACUUACGGAGAUGUAGUCAAGUUUAAGGCAUCGUUUGGGAUGGAUCGCUUGCUCAUAUCUGACCCCAAAGCUCUCCAGCACAUUUUAAUGACAUCUGGUUAUCGCUGGAGGAAGUAUCGCGAGCGUAAAGAACUCAGCAGGUUGACAUCCGGAAAAGGGCUACUUUGGGCAGAUGGCAAUGCACAUAGAAGGCAAAGAAAGGUCAUGCUUCCUGGCUUCGGAACGCCUGAAGCCAAAAACUUCCUGCCUCUAUUCUUUUCAUGUGCAGCCACGGUGCGGAUAUCCUAUCUUCCUUUACGAUGGAGUGAUAUCCUGUUCACUUCGGACAAUCAGUCGUAUAUCUUCAACAUCCCGGAGUGGACCUCCAGAGCAACUUUGGAUGCAAUCGGCCAAGCGGCGUUUGACUACGAUUUUGGAGCCACGGAUGAUCAUGAAAAUGAGCUCGGGAAGGCCUAUCAGAAUAUGGUGCUGAGAGCAUUCGGGUCUCCUUCCACCGGCGCUUUGGUGACCCUCGAGCUCUUUCGGUUCCUUCCAACCCCCAUAACUGAAUUCAUAAAUGAUCAUAAUCCAAGUCCAAGACUUACUAGUGUCCAUAAAGUCACCAAGAUCGCUAAUGCGGUAGCUCGAGAGCUUGUGUUGACAAAAUCUAAUGCCCUUCUCGAAAAUAAAGGCAAGAACGAUAUUAUGAGCUUGUUAGUGAAAGCAAAUGCUGGUGAGAAUCCCAAGGCGCAGCUCAGUGAUACAGAGCUGAUUUCGCAGAUGCGCGUACUAUUGCUCGCUGGUCACGAAACUACUGCCAACUCUCUAUCGUGGCUCUUCUACGAACUCGUACGGGACCUGGAGCUACAGAAAAAACUUCGCGCAGAAAUUCGCGCCACUGAAAAGGUUGCCGCUGCUCGAGGAGAUCCUGAGCUCAGCGUUCGUGAUCUGGAAGGGAUGCCACUGCUAGGAGCUACCGUCAAGGAACUUCUUCGAUAUCAUCCUGUGGCCAUACACAUGUUUCGUGUUGCUCAUGAAGAUGAUGUUCUUCCGCUUUCGACUCCCAUCACGACCACAACGGGGGAACUUUUGACUGAGCUCCCUGUUCCUAAAGGCACCAGAACAGUUAUUUCCAUACCCGCGUACAACAGGAAUAAAGAGCUGUUCGGCGAAGACGCACAUAUAUUUAACCCUUAUCGCUGGUUAGAGCCAAACCAUGUGAAAAAGGGGGUUUCCUUGGGUCCAUUUGCGAACCUCGCUACUUUUUCAGGUGGCAUACGAUCAUGCAUUGGUUGGCGAUUUGCUGUCAUCGAACUGCAAGCAUUUAUUGUGGAACUCUUGAGUAAUUUCGAAUUCGCUGCCACCCCGAAGAUAAACAAGAUUCGCCGGGAAGCGGCACUUGUAAUGGUGCCCACAAUUGAAGGCGAGCUCGAGAAGGGCAGUCAACUUCCUUUGCGAGUGACUUUUGCCCCUAAAGGCGGAGAUUGA